UUGCUUUCUGCUGAGGAGUCCACACGACUGAAGAAACUCCAUGAGGACAACAAACAGUUCUUACGAAUUCCCAGAAGGCCUCCUUGGGACGAGAGCACAAGCCCUGAGGUUCUGCAGCAAAACGAGAGGGACAGUUUCCUUUUAUGGAGAAGAGAACUGGCUCGGUUGGAAGAGGAACAGAAGUUGAUUCUUACCCCUUUUGAGAGGAAUCUUGAUUUCUGGAGGCAACUCUGGAGAGUCAUUGAGAGGAGUGAUGUUGUGGUUCAAAUUGUUGAUGCCAGAAACCCGCUUCUCUUCCGCUGUCCAGAUCUUGAAAAAUAUGUAAACGAAGUCUCAGUUCACAAAGUAAACAUGCUUCUUCUGAACAAAGCCGACCUGCUCACUAGAGAACAACGGCGAGCUUGGGCCCGAUACUUCCAGAAAGAGGGGAUCAGAGCAGUGUUCUGGUCUGCUUUAGCUGAGGCACAACGACUCGAGGCGGAGGAGAAGGUAAUAUAUGGAGCUGGUCUGCAGUGA